UGGUAACAUUGUUCUGUUCUCUAUACCAGGACGUUCUCUAUACUGUUAGAGUCUAAUGUCUAUGUUUUAAAAAUUCUUUUCUUGUGGCAUGGUGACGGAAUAAGUUGCCGAUAAAGCAACCACAAUGCCGCAGAACGAAUAUAUAGAGCGCCAUCAAAAGCUUUACGGUAGGAGACUUGACUAUGAAGAGCGUAAGAGGAAACGAGAGGCUCGUGAACCUCAUAAACGAGCCGAAAAAGCCCAAAAACUACGCGGCAUUAAAGCUAAGAUUUAUAAUAAGGAGCGUCGCAAUGAAAAGAUUCAAAUGAAAAAGAAAAUCAAGGCUCAUGAAGAGAAAAAUGUUCGUCAAAACACAGAAAAAGUUGGGGAAGGGGCACUGCCUGUGUAUUUGCUUGACAGAGAUGUACAGAAUCGUGCUAAAGUUCUCUCUAACAUGAUCAAACAGAAACGUAAAGAAAAGGCUGGUAAAUGGGAUGUGCCUAUUCCUAAAGUAAGAGCACAAGCAGAUGCUGAAGUUUUUAAAGUUUUAAAAUCAGGAAAGUCUAAAAGAAAGGCCUGGAAACGAAUGGUCACUAAAGUUACAUUUGUUGGAGAGAAUUUCACCAGAAAACCACCUAAGUUUGAAAGAUUUAUUCGUCCAAUGGCACUAAGGUUUAAAAAGGCUCAUGUAACACAUCCUGAACUAAAGGCAACAUUUUGCCUGCCUAUUAUUGGUGUCAAGAAGAAUCCUAACUCCCAAAUGUACACAAGUUUGGGAGUUAUUACAAAGGGUACUGUUAUAGAAGUCAAUAUCUCUGAACUUGGUCUUGUGACGCAAGCUGGUAAAGUUGUAUGGGGAAAAUAUGCUCAAGUGACAAACAAUCCAGAAAAUGAUGGUGUUAUUAAUGCUAUUUUAUUGGUUUAAUUGUAAUCAAUUUAAUGUUACAUUUUGGAUUACAGUAAUAAACAUCUUGAAAUGUAAAAA